GGGGCUGGGGCAAGAAGAGAGAGGCAGGUUAAAUCAGAUAGGCACAACAGAGCCUGGAAGGGAUGGGGAUGGGGGCAGGUAGUGGUGCCCUGUUGCCCCAAGAAAUCCAGUGUGUUUAUGUUGCUCUGUUAGGUGGUUUUGCCUCUUUUGAAUGGGAAGGUGCUGGAGCAGAGGCAGAGCCUGGGGUGAAAGGAGGCUGAGGUUGGCGUAUUGGAGGAGAGGCCGGAGUGGGGGACAAGGGCGAUGGGGAUCAGUGCAGUUCAGUGAGCUGGGGUAAGGGAGACGGACUAGGAUGGUUACUGACACAAAGGGGAGGCAGGAUGGCACAGUGCUUAGGGCUCUAGCUUAGGAUUCAGGAAGAGCCAUGUUCAGUGUCCUGGUCUGCCACUGGCAUCCCCUGUGACCUGUGUGAUCCCAGGCUGCCACAUCCCGUGUCAUCCUGGUCUGCUGCAUAGAAGCUGAUGCACAUGACCUAAUUCCCUCCUGUUGGUAUUUUUAUUCCCUCCCCUGCCUGCGCCUCUCUCCGGUGCCAGGUGCAUGCUGUAAACAACAGUCACUAACAGCCCUUUGGAGCUCAGUGCCUUGUGUGCUGCUCCAUGGAAAUCAGUUGCAGCUUGCACAGUGAGAAGGCACCAACCCCCAACUGGCCAGCACAGCUUCUCUGGAGCAGCUAGCUCAUGGCCAUCUAUCUUUCCCUCCCUCUUCUCUCCAAUAGAAACCUGUUUGUCAAGGCCACCGCUAGUCCUGCCCGCUGCUAAGCCAUGGUGUGUGGCUGCAAGUGAGGAGCAGGCAAAUACAGACUGCAAAGGAGGAUGAAGGGCGAGGAUCAUUGCACAGGAUGUGUUCGCUAGCCUCUCUGAGGAGCAGGAGGACAGCUCCGCCACCCUGUGCCCCCUGCCAGGGGCUCCUGCUUAGCAAUGUUGCCGGCGCUCAGCUGUGAUACCGGGCCCCCUUUGUGAAAGCAGCUGGUGGGAUCAUCUUUCCUGCAGCCCUCACAGCAAAUGGGCUUCAUAGGCGCAGCAGCUGGGGAUGGCGCCUUGCCCCACUGAGACCAUGUCAGAAGGGCUGCGCAGGGAGCCAGAGCCAGACUGUCCUGUUUGCUGGAACCCCUACAACAACACCUUCCGUACCCCAAAGCUCCUGGAGUGCCAGCACUCUUUUUGCAUCGAGUGCCUGGCACACCUGAGCCUGGUGUCCCCUGCCCGCAACCGGCUGCAAUGCCCACUCUGCCGCCACCCCACAGUGCUCCCCUUCAACCAGCCCAUCACUGAGCUGCCCACCAACUCAGAUGUCCUGCGGCUGCUCAAACUGGAGCCCAACCAUAUCAUCCUGGAGGGCCGGCAGCUGUGCCUAAAGGACGAGCGGAAAUCACGGUACUUCCUGCGCCAGCCCAGGGUUUAUACCCUCAACCUGGGAACAGAUCCAGGGCCCAGGCUAGGUAGCUCCCAAGCUUCCCCUAGGCCGACCUCCAGCCCCAGCCGCUCUUCCCUUCGGCAGUGCAUCCGCCACCCCCAGUUCCGCAUCUUCGCCUACCUGAUGGCCAUCAUCCUCAGCGUGACACUGCUGCUCAUCUUCUCCAUCUUCUGGACCAAGCAGUUCCUGUGGGGCAUAGGCUGAGGGCUUGGCAAACCCCACAACUGGAGCUCAGAGUUCAACAUCUUCUCAGACAGCAAAAGGUGCCAGGUGACAUCAGCUACUUGGCAUCUGCUCUGGGCAGGGGAGCCCUCUCUGCACCCUCCAGGACCAUCUCUGCAGGCUCUGGCUAAUGAGCUCUGUUCCUGAUCUCUUCUCAGUGAUACACCCAGCCAUACUAGUGGUCUGGCUGCAUCCCAAGAGCUGGGAGCUCCCCGGCAGCACUGAGCAUUGUGCACCAACAGCAGCAGAACCUGUAUGAUGUUCUAGAACUGCCCCAUCAGCUGAAGCUCUUUGCUGCCUGUCAUGGGGUCUGGGGCCCCAACAUGAGCUCCAGGGCACUAUGGGAAUACAGAUGCUCAUAGUAGUGGGCAACAGGGCCAUUAUACUGAAUGGCCAUGACUCAAGAGGAGGGGAUGCUGCAAACCCCAGCCCAGGAGGAAUGAGCCAGAACCUUAUGGAAAGUGAAGAUUUCUACAGCCUCGCCUGUGACUCAUCUUCUUGUCUCUCCUGGGAUAAUACCACGGAUCUGGGUGCCACCAAGGACAACAUGCAGGCCAGGACAUUCAUGUCCACAGACUGACACCAUCUGUUGUGCCAAAGGUCUUCAUGGGGGGCUGCCCUUUUUCCAUCUGCUGGAUAAGCAGACCCCUGGCCCACAGCAAAGACCUGCAAGAAAUUUAAUCUUUUGUCUUUUUGAGCUAAUUGUUGCACUUUUUGUUGUGUUGUUUACAAUCAAACACAUUCAGCUCCUGUGCCAGGGUCCCAGCUCCUCUGCUCUCACCCCUCAACCCCACUUUCUUUUCCAGAGGCAAGAAAAUAAAUGUGAACGGUUUCCAUUUCCAUGGGGCAGACACGGAUUGCCUGAACAGAGAAAGCACCAGUGUCUGUCCUAUUUCCUUGUCCUGCCUCUGGAUUAAGGCCAGUGGGUUCAGAUUGCAGCAGCUCUGUUUGAAGGGCAGCAUGGGGAAGGCUGUUCCAACUCCUCAGGUUUGCACGGACAUGUGAUUCCUUGGCUGUGCCUGUUCUACACCAAGAUGGGCUCAGUAGCAGUGACAGUGUUCCCCAUUGUGUACCUGGCUGACAGCUGGCAGGAACUGCAUGGUACUCUCACUGUGGGUAACUACUUUAGUCCCCAGGAGUGCUCAGUAUCUACACAGCCUGAGCAGCUUUGUUUCUUUAACAUUUACUCCAUCAGCCCAUCAUAAGUUGUGCUUUAGUCAUACUGAGCAACCCUGGGCCUCGCUAAUGUGGAUGGGAGACCUUUAAGGAAGCAAUAGCCAUGAGCCAGUCAGGGGUCUCUUCCCUUUGCCUCAGCACUCAACCAGUGGUCUGGAGGUGCUGUCUUUACCAGGUGAGACCUCAGGUCCCAGGCAGUCAAUAAAGAGCAGGUGUGGCAGCCACUGGCCAUAUGCCAGGUGGGAUAAUUACAUUCUGUUUCCUGCAGUAAGAGUUAUGGAAGUUUGGCCUCAUGUCCUUCCCCAGACUGUUGGGGAAGUUUACUGUGUGCUGUCAUGCAGUAGGUGUGUUUCACCUCAGAAUUGGCUGCAUUUCAGGGGUGGGAGCUGCAAUCCAAGAGGUAGGAACAUAGUUGCAGCAAUGCUGGAAUUCAACUGCCACAACUGGGGAAGGAAAGGGCCCCACUUUUAACAGUUUGUUCGGCCAUCAGAAAAGGCCUUGGCCUGCAGACAGUGUCAUGGGGAAGAGGGUGGAGCUUCCUUCUUGCUGCAGGCUGUACCCCACCACCCCAUUGGUGGCUCAAGUCUCCAUCAUAGCAGGCAAUUCCUGUUGAUGUGAGAAAGGGGGCAGGUAACAUGAAGAUGGAACCCAUCGCUCCUCUUGGCAUAUUAACCCAUCCCUUCUGCUGCAGAGACUGACAAGUCUGGACUCCCAUGUGGGGAACGACAGCCUGAUGGAUGGGGUGAGGCCAGGAGGAGAAGAGAAAAUAGAAGCUGGAGUCACUAAGGAAACUAUAAGGGACUGGAUGGCUUCGGAGUGGAGGCUGCUGGUUUGGAUCCAGUUGUUACUAUCUGAGAGCUGGCAUGGGCCUCUCUACAAUGAAUUCCAUGAUCAGCAGGCAGGUGGCUACAUUUAUUUAAUAAAGCAAGUCCUGCUAGGUCAGAGUCCAGCUAGACCUCAGCCUGUUCCAGCAGCAGCUCCUUCUGCUAGCACCUCUGUCUAAGGUCACUGUAGCUGAUGCAACCCAGAGGAGGGACAGGGCGGGGUAGCUGAAGGGAACUCAAAUGAUGUAUUGCUGCUCAAUCAAGUGAUUUCUAUUUGCCUGUAAACUACAGUGUAACCUUGUUUAAGGUACUGUCCAGAAGACCAAACAUCGGUUGCUUAGUAAAGAUGGAUCUUAAAAGAGCAAAUAAAUUGCACUGGAUAGCUCAGGGGAUAUUUUAAGUGGUGUCUCCAGGCCAGGGCUGACUAGAAGUGGUAGGACUUGUUUUAGGUUUAUAUGCAAUGUCUGUGCUGCACUUUGGCCGUAUGUUGCCACUACAACCCCUGGGCCCGAAAGAUGGCCACUCCUAGCAGAGUACGCACCAGGCAGAGAA